GAGUACCUGGUAUUCCUUACGGAAGUUCUUUAAGAAGUUUGACUCUGGUUGAACAAAAUAUGAAACUUAGAAGAAAAAUUGUAUCCAAAUAUUUAAACCAAAAUGAAAGUUUAGUUACUUUAGUCAGUUUCCCACGUCUUGGUUGCUCAGGUCAAUUCUUAGAGCCUCAUCAUGAGCCAUUUGGACCUGAGUCAAGAAGUUUAUUUGUUCCGGAUGAAGCCCUGAAUCCACACUUCGCUCUCAAUUUUCCGAUUUUUCAUGACAAAAAGAGCCAAAAUUUAUUUGCUGACUGCGAAGAAGCUUUACCGGAUCAUAUAUAUAUGGAUUCAUCAGUUUUUGCGGGAUAUUUGUCUGAGGUAGAUUGUAGAUGGUUUGCGCUUGUAGAAUGUGGUGAUGAUCGUACAAAAGAAGAACGGGGUUUAGAAUCACGCUAUGAUUCAAUAGCUUAUUAUAUAUCGACCGAUAAAGCUCUAAAGACAGAGUAUAAUGAUCUAAAUGCUGCGUAUGAUCCAAAUAUUUAUGAAAAACUAACAGAUAAUG